UGAGCAGCCUAUGCAUACACACAGACACAUCCUUAUACUUGGAAGCAACGGCAGGAAUUCCGAAUCUCUUGACGUUAAGAGUUUCAUAAACACCAGAGAAGGAGAAGGUGGUGUUUUGUGAAAAACCAUGGAAUCACUGGAUAUUAAAAGAUGGGAAGAGACCAGAAAGAUCAUCCUGUCCCAACCCUGAUGGCACGGGCAGCUUCCACUAGAGCAGGUUGCUCAAGGCUUUAUCCAGCCUGGCCUUGAACACUGCCAGGGAUGGGCAUCCCCAGCUUCUCUUGAGACUUCCCCAGGAGUUGCUGAAGUGACUUUUGUGGAAAAGGAGCCAGCUGAACGCCACACAAUCAUCUCUUGGGAGCAACUUAACUGAAGAGUCUAAGCUAAGAAAGACUCCUUCCGCAACCAAGACAGGUAUAGGAGAAGUGUUCUGGUUCCUAGAAACUCGAGCUCACUGGGGUUGCUUCUUUCACUGGUGGCUCAGAAGGAAGCGGGCUCAGGAGGCCCAGCCAUGCACUGAAGUUUGGAGGGAUGAAGCCAGACCAGCAGAAGAACUCCUGUGUAUUACCUGAGGAUUUAAAGAACUUCUAUCUGAUGACCGAUGGCUUCCAGAUGACCUGGAGUGUGAAGACAGAUGAUACCCCAAUGCCCCUGGGCUCCAUGGUGAUUAACAGUGUCUCGAAGCUGUGCCGGCUUGGCGGUGCCUCUAUGUACACUCUGCCUAGUGCUCCAACUCUUGCUGACCUGGAAGAUGACACAGAUGAGGAAGGUAAUGGAGACAAACCAGAGAAGCCACACUUUGAUUCUCGUAGUCUUAUCUUUGAAUUAGACCCAUGUAAUGGGAAUGGGAAGGUCUGUCUUGUUUAUAAGCAUGCUGAACCAGUGGUCUCCCCAGACACAGAGAUCUGGUUCCUGGACAGAGCUCUCUAUUGGCAUUUCCUCACCAAAACCUUCACAGCCUACUACCGCCUGCUCAUCACCCACCUGGGUCUCCCACAGUGGCAAUAUGCCUUCACCAGCUAUGGGGUCAGCCCCCAGGCCAAGCAAUGGUUUAACAUGUAUAAACCCAUAACCAUCAACACAGCACUCCUGUCUGAAGAAGCUGAUUCCUUUGUGAACAAGCUGGACCCCAAUAAGGUAUUUAAAAGCAAGAACAAAACUCCAGUGCUCAAGAAGAAACAACCUUUACAGCCACCAGGCUCCCAAAAGAGUCACACGAGCAUGACCUCUGCCAAGACAUCCUCACUAGCUGGGAAUUCUUCAAGGAAGUGAGCCCACCAGAUCUGACCCUGGACAACUUUUGCAAUAAGCUGUCAUGUUUUCUGCUGCAGAGUCUCAGACCAAGUUCCUUGUGCAUGAAUAGAUGUGCCCAUGGAAAACACAUUGCAGCACUUGCAUGAAAAAUAGCCACGAUGUGGAUGUAGUUCCUGAAGACUCUUAAAAAAACCUUGAUACAUCAGUUUUAUUCCCUUCUGCUACUUGCAGCAUGUACUUUUCAGAGGACGUGAAGAAACCUUUGAUGUCACUGCUCCAUAGGAAAGCUUUUGUUCCUGUGCAACUGCAGCAGUGAAAUGAAAGCAGAUGUAAUUCACAGUAACUUUAACAGACCCAUGCUGAUGUAGAGAGUGUGAAGAUAUUUCUCCCAUGUCCUUUGAAAGAAAACUGCCCUGACCUUGCAUGCUGUGGGAGCAGGCUAGGACUCACUGAACACAGAAGUAUCUUUCACACUAGAUAGUAUCAAACUCUGCACUUCCUGUGCUUCAUCCAACUUUUUCUCUGAGAUUCAUGGUACAGUGAGGCUUGGGACUUCCAUGUCUCUGCAUUAGCCUAGCCACUUGCUCUGCAGCCUGAACCACUUUUCGGCCUUUGAGCUGUAUCUUUUCAGAUGGUGACAUGAUUUGCAAUAAUCUUGAAGCCAGAAGCUGCAAGAUCCUUUGUUGCCUCCCUUUUGUGGGAACUCCUGAGCAGGGAGUCAAUGGUGUUGAGUCCCGUCAGUCAGGAGGACCCCUUGGUUUGUCACACAUUUGUUUGCAAAGCUGACUAUUGAAACGGACACUUUUUAGUAGGGCAGGAUCUCAUGAGGGGCCACUGAGAUCCUACAGCCUUAGAAGCCCCUGAUGCUGUUUUCUGUACUGUAAGUUUUCAGGUUAGAACUGCACUUUAACCCAUUCACUGCUGGUUUUCAGUUGCUACUGUUUGUUUCCAUCACUUUUCUAUGCUAUUCUGUCUUCCAAAUACGCUGGAAUCAUGGAUCGCAGCCAACACAUUUUGUGCCUGAAUAUGGAAAUCGAAAUCACUAUCUUUAAGUAAGCAUUGACUAUUUAAACAGCAUCAUCUCUAAUUUUUGAAACCACCACAUAAUUACACAAGACAAACCUACCUCACAGGGAUGUUGUGAGGCUUUCAUGAGUAUUUGUAUGGCCUUCAGAAAGAUGAAGCCAUCCUGUAAGUGCUUAAUAGUAUUUUAAUAAAUAUUUAAAUAUUUUCCUCCACAA